UCGGCCCGCUUAAAGGGUCCGCAGAGUGACCGCCCCUGAGGCGGGUGGCGGUGUCAGCCUUGGUUGUGCCUCUGACCGGGGGGUUGAGGUCUGAAGUCUGAAAGUGUGACGCAGGGAUGCGCGUCUGCUCCGCGGGGCUCCCGCUUCUCAACGGCUGAGUCUGCGGUUCUUCCUCACCCCCUCCGCCUCACCCGGGGAUCCCUCCGCACCCCCUUCCUCCCGCCUCGCCCGGGGGUCCCCCACACACACCCUUCUUCGCCUCGCCCGGGGGUCCCUCCUUGCCCCCCGCCUGGCCGGGGAGCCGGGGAGCCGGGCCCUGUCCCGCCAUGGAGCGAUACGAGGUUCUGGAGGAGCUGCAGCCCGGGGCGCUGGGCACCAUGUUGGUAGUGAGACUGAAAACAAGGAAGGGCAGAGGGAAGAAGUAUGUGAUAAAGCAGGUUGAAUGCAUUGAUGAAAAGCAAGCAAAUGAGGCCUUGAAGGAGGCCAUGGAUUUGCUAAACCUUGACCAUUCACACAUCUGUGCUUACAGGGAAUUGUUUAUGACUUGGGAUAAUGAGAUAUCAUCUCUGUUCCUUUGUCUGGUGAUGAGACACUUGAGCAAAGGAGAUCUUUCAUCCCUAAUCAAGGAAAAAAGGCAGAAGUCAGAAAAAAUAUCAGACAUGGUGGUGAUGAAGUUCCUGGGGCAGAUGGUGGAUGCUUUGUUUUAUAUCCACAAACAAAACAUUUUCCACAGAAAUCUCAAGCCAUCAAACAUACUUGUGACUGGUGAAGCAUCCUUCAUGCUGAGUGACUUCAGUACUGAAACCCUCAUGAAAGAUGAGAUGAAAUGGAAAGUCAGAGUGGAAGAAAAUAGCAAGUCUUGGAUGGCUCCAGAAACAUUGGAGUUUUCUUUUACUGAGAAAUCUGACAUCUGGUCUCUAGGUUGUAUUCUACUUGACAUGAUGACCUGCUUUGUUCUGAAUGAAGAAGAGAUAACUUCAUUACUGCAGGAUAUUAGACAGGAUACCAACCAUCUCCAGGGAGCUGAGUCUCUGAUGCAAAAUGGAAAUUACACCUCUUUGCCUUUUUUCCCAGUUUUAUUUAUGAUGCUCCAGAUUCAGCCCAGCAUGAGGCCCAGAGCACAGGAUUUGACUGAUGUUCCAUUUAUUAAGGAAUGCCUGACUGUUUCUGGUGCUUCUGCAAUCCAUCUGAAACAGUCUUUUUCUCCCCCAAUACUAAAUUUCCUCCUGGAUGGAGGAAUUGGAACUGUUAUAGAUUUCAUGGAGGCUUUCUGGGAUAUAGAAGAAGCACAGGCUAAAGCCAUUGAAAGGCUUGCCAGCUUUGUAAGACACAACAAUGUUUUGCCCUGGCUGCUGAAAUUCACAGAACUGAUCACUUCUGCCAUGAAGUCUCAUGUAGAUUCUCUCAAGAUACAAGUAGAUGGUAGCAACUUAUUGCUGGAAAUUCUUAGCCAAGCUCUGGAGCAGGAUGUGGUGUUGCCCAUGGAUGAAAACAUGACCAUCUCUCUGUUAGGGACAGUGAGAAGACACUCUGAAAAUGAAGAGUUACUUUCCCUGUUUUGCACAUUACUGAUGGUUAUUUCAGCCAGUGAAGUUGCUGCAGAGAACCUAAGGAAAGCUGGAUUAAUUCCAGACCUCCUGUCAAUUUUAAGAAAUUUUCUCCCUAACGAGCAGAUUUGCCUCACCUGCUGUGGAGUUCUCUGGAGCUUGGUUGUGAGUGGGAAUAAUGUAGACCAAGCCUUGCUGGAAAGUGGUGUCCCUGUUACCUCUGCUGUCCUUCAGGAACACCUCCACAAUGCAAGAGUUGCUGAGUCAGCUUGCUCAGCUCUGUGGGCACUUUCACUCCAAGGCUGUGUAACUGAGGAUGAAUAUGAGCCCACAACCAUGCUUCUGCUGGAGGUUCUCAGGACCAACCCAGAGAGACCCAUGCUGGUGAAGAACACCUGCCUGGCUUUAGCAAGCCUUCUAAGGCUAUCUGAAAUACCAGCUUUGAGAUUUAUUACUGAUCCAAAAGGCAGUGGAAUAAACCUGGUCAGAGAUGCCUACCACCUUCACUUUGAUGAUUCAGAAGUGGUGGAAAGUGUCUGUGUGCUGAUGAAGGAGAUGGUUCAGCAUGGUGAGCUGGUGCUGGUUGUUGAGUCUCUUCCUCUUCCCAUCCACAAGAGAGUAAAGAAAACCCUGACAGCAGCUGCUUGGGGAUGUGUUGCUUACUCUGUAUCUGAGAAAGGACUGAUUGGAACUGAACAAAUGCCCCUCUGAUGCUGUAAUAACUUCAUCUUGUUUUGCCUUCUGUUUGUGUAGAUGAUAUUGUGAAGGAUAUGCUGUCCCAGAAAAUGGAAGACCUGCUGUCUGAAAUAAAAAUCUGUUUUUCAUCUAGCAUGGUAU